AUGACUUGUAGUUCUUGUUCUUGGCUUCUGCACUUGUUGGCCUUCUGCUACUACGCUCAGGUAACCAAUCAGUCCCCGCCUAAUUUCACGCAGCACGUAAGCGAGCAGAGCAAAGUGACCGACCAGCUGAGCCGCAAGUUGAUCCGGAUCUACCAACUCUACUCCAGAACCAGCGGCAAACACGUGCAAGUUCUGCCCAACAACAAGAUCAACGCCAUGGCCGACGAUGGAGACCUGCACGCCAAACUCAUUGUGGAAACCGACACGUUUGGAAGCCGAGUGCGAAUCAAAGGUGCUGAAACUGGUCUUUACAUCUGCAUGAACAAGAGAGGGAAGCUUGUUGGCAAGAAGAACGGACACGGCCGUGACUGCAUUUUUACGGAGAUCGUGUUGGAGAACAAUUACACGGCGCUGAGGAACGCUCGCUACGAGGGUUGGUACAUGGCCUUCACGCGUCGAGGACGUCCACGAAAAGGCUCCAGGACACGCCAGCACCAACGUGAGGUCCAUUUUAUGAAGAGGCUGCCGAGGGGUCAGCAGCCGGCACAUCCGAGUCACCAGCGAGCGUUUGACUUCAUCCACUACCCUUUCAACCAAAGGACCAAACGUACGCAGUACUCCUAAUACUCGCUGAGGAUGGACAAGAGGACAAAGGGACUCCUCAAUGCUGUCAUGAGCAAGUGCUAGUACUGUAUAUCUAAAUUUGUAGUUGCUGUUUUACUCGUUUCUCAGUGAAAAAGUGUAAAUAGACAAAAAUGAACACAUCUAUUUUUAUACUGCAGAACUUUUGUAAGAAGGCAAAGUUUUAUUUUAGAUGCACAUACAUUUUUUUCUGCUUUGACCUAUGGGGUCUUUUUUGGACUUUGAAGGCCCCUGAAGGACCAUAAAGGACCCUAGGGACCACAAAGAACCCUGAAGGACUGUAAAGGACCUUGAAGAACUGCACUGUCAGGAUUCCUUUCUUAUUUUCUUUAUUCAACAUGCCUGUGUGAGGACUCAGAAGAUUUAAGCAACUUUCUAACUUACAUAUCCUGAUGUGAUAAUGAUUAUGGAUUCAUACUUUACACAGGGCUAUCCAAACUGCCAUUUUCAUAAAGCAGUUAGUUUUGAUUGGCGUUCAGCAUAUAGUAAAAAUAAAAUUGAUUUUUAAAGAGAUAUACAAUUAGAUAUGACACUAAUUAGCUUUGUUAGCUACAACACAGAGCUCAGAUGUUUUGUUAGAUUGUUUAGCUUUUAUUGAUCUACAUUGGAUUGAUUUUAGCAUAUUAAAUGACUCAAAUGUAUCAAACUUGACUGUCAAACGUUUGAACACAGGGAAAAAAAUUACAUGGCAGCUACAUUAAAU